AUGUCAGCCACCUCGUCGUCGCCGGCGGCGGGGUCUUCCCCGCAGUCCUGGUCCCCGGCGAGACCACAGCACAAUUGCAUCGAGUGCAAGAGGCUUAAGAGAGCCUGCGAUAAGGGAUCUCCUUGCAGCAAAUGCGUCAAAGCAAACCGCAUUUGCGAGUACAAAGACCCGGGCGACGAUGGUCUCUAUGGACCUAUUUCGACGGCUAAGGACAUCCAUUCGCUCACGUUCGGCACGCUCCUAGAAAUCCUCAUCAACAAACCGCGGGUUAAAGAGGCUGUCUCGCUGUAUUUCAGCGGCGUCAAUACCUGGUUCACCAUCAUUGAGAGGGCUAGUUUUGAGAGGGAUCUGGAGGCCAACUGGGGAAAUCUAUCGGCCGAAAAAAGCGCCAUGGCGCUUUGCAUGGCUCUCGUCGCCCGCCCGCCGAACCAAAAGUCCAGCAAGGGCAUGGGAGAUACCGUCUAUCCCACCACCAAGACCAUUCUCGGCUUGGUUCAGAGCAAACUCCCCAUGUCGGUACACAUGCUGCAGGCCGAGUUGCUCAUCGCCAUGUAUGAGUUCUCCCAGGCGAUGCCUCAGCAAGCGUACAUGUCUCUCGGACAUUGCCUGCAAAUGACCAAAGCAUUCGGCUGGCACAACCAGGGCUUUUGGGCCAUCGAUAAACAAAUGGCCAAACCGGCGGAGAUGAAGCUCAACGCCAUCCUAUGCCUCCUCAAUGUCGCAUACGACCAACCGUACCCGAUGCACACCACGGGCCUUGCUCCGAGGUUGCCAGUCCCCAUGCCUGAAACCAUUGACCAAUACUUCUCCGCCACCUCUCCGUUUCAAUUCGGAGACCAAGGCCAGGGGUUCCGCGACGGCACCGGCGACCAAAUCAACAGCAUGUUCUUCCCCGAAGCGACGUCGGCCUGGUAUCUUAGCAACGUCUUGCAGCAGUUGUCGGACCCCACGGCGUGUGGUCUUACGGAUCCCAAGACCCUCUCGAGCAUGAUCAUGAUCCACCUAAGAACUAUGACGUCGAUGGGGUGGCGCGUGGGAACCAGCUACAUAGCCCUGAUGAAGCUCCACUACUCGGGUCUGUUUGGGGGGAUUGGUCCCAUGCCGGUCAUGUGCCAGAACCACGUCCAGGACGUCCAGAUAAUUCGGAACAUCACCUCAGUCAUCCUCGGCAAGGCUGGGAAACUCGUCCAAUCCGAAGAUCAACUGACCAGUGGAGCUAUUGACCCUUCCUGGGAGUUCGCUAUGUACUACGCCUCACUCUUGCUCAUUUCGCACGGCGACAAUGUCCUCCAGGACAUGAACUGGGCCCAAAAAGUUGACAACCUUACGUACGCCCUCGAUAAGAACGACACUGCGAAUCAGUUAAAAUCAAACUCGACAAUCGCUCUACCGGUCGUGCCCGGUAAUCACCUCACCUCCAAGCGCUAG